GGCGGGUUGCUCGUGCAGUGGGCAGAGUGCUGUCAUUAGAAGAAGAGUCUCCAUUGAAGAGGUCGGUUUAAAGUCGGUACCAGAAUCAGGACGAACAAGAGCAAACAUCUUCGGUAUUUAUUGUAUUCAUUGUCGCUUAGACUUCUAAAUCACAUGGUAGUUUUUGAUGCACACGUCUAUCCGCUUUAAGUCGCCAUAGUUGAAGACACUCGGCGCUGAUGCUGAUGCUAAUGCUAAUGCUAGCUAGCCUCCAUAGUCCACCGUGCGGCCAAAGUAGCCGAGCGACUGCUUCCUUUUUCGGCUGUGCGCUGACCACCGAGCCGUACGUCCAACAUGGAGAAAAGUAACCGCUUGUUGGAGCUCUCCCGCUUCCUCCAAGACCCACACCUCGUCGCUCGUUUCCAGCACAUUUGCGGAGUACGAGGGACGUUUACCAGGACGGCGGUCGGGGGAGGCAACGACAGGGAAGCGACGCCGAGCGAGACGCAAAACAACGGGGCUUGCUACCACCAGCUGGACCAGGACGAUGGGGGCGAGGCAGUGGAUGUGGACUUGGGGACAGCGGGGGUUCGGAAGAGAGAAAAGCACCGCGAGGAAGAUCCUCCCCACAAUGGCUCCCUGCCCACCAAGACACCAGCGGCCGGUGUGUCCGAUCACAGCGGGGCCAUGACGGAUGAAGCCGGGGCAGCCAGCAGGGUCAAGCCGCUUCGCAGGAACUCCUUGACGGGGGACGCCGGUCAAGAGUUUCUGAUCGAGAACCGCGUCUUCUACUACUUGUUCUCAUUCGGAACCGAGCUGGGCAACGAAUUAUUUUACAUCACCUUCUUCCCCUUCCUGCUGUGGAACGUGGACGCCUUCGUGAGCCGGAGACUCAUCAUGGUGUGGGUGUGGGUCAUGUACCUGGGCCAGUGCACCAAGGACGUGAUCGGCUGGUCCAGACCCGCCUCGCCUCCCGUGGUCAAAAUGGAGGUGUUCUACAACUCGGAGUACAGCAUGCCGUCCACACACGCCAUGUCCGGCACCGCCAUCCCCUUCGCCCUCUUCAUCAUGACCUGCGAUCGCUGGCAGUACUCCUUCACGCUGGGCUUGGUUUUGGCUCUCUGUUGGUGUCUGCUGGUCUGCGUCAGUCGGAUCUACUUGGGGAUGCACUCGGUUCUGGACGUCAUUGUCGGCGUCUUCUACAGCGUCCUCAUUCUCCUCCUCUUCCUGCCGGCGAUGGACGCCAUCGACGACUUCGUCCUGACGUGCGUCCACGCCCCGCUGGUCAUCGUGUGCGUCCACCUGGGCCUGGGCCUGUUCUCCUUCACCCUGGACACGUGGAGCACAUCCCGGGGCGACACGGCUCAGAUCCUGGGCUCGGGUGGCGGCAUCGCCCUGGCCUCCCACGUCAACCACCGCCUGGGCCUGAUGGCGGACCCCCCGCCGGAGCGCCUUCCCCUCUCGCUGCCGGCCCUCAGCGGGGGCCUGGUGGGCACAGCCGCGCUGCGCUUCCUGCUGGGCGUGCUGGUCGUGGUGGCCACGCGGGCGCUGAUGAAGGCGCUGACCAUCCCGCUGGUGUGCCGCCUCCUGGCCAUCCCGGGCGGCGACAUGAGGAAGGCCAGGCAGCACGCCGAGGUGGAGCUUUCCUACCGCUACAUCGUCUACGGGACGGUGGGCUUCAACACGCUCUUCCUGGUGCCGCUCCUCUUCAGCUACCUGCCGCUCUGUUGACCACGUGACCUUCAUGCUCGACGUCUUCUCCAACAUCCUCAGCUCCUCUCUAGAAGACCACUACUGAUUCGCCAUGACGGAACACGGCAUCGGGUUCCCAGUGGACGUUUGCACGGGACACUCCAAGUAGAAGCUCGUCUUCUUCUUCGACGCAAACCAUUUUAGAGCCGCCAGAGGGCUUUGGAUGCACAGCGCCUCGUUAGCUCUGUGAUCGAUUGCUCUUCCUGUUAGAAGAAACGCACAUGCAGGCACAUACCAUCUUUCAACUGUGGGAACUUUAAAGAGUUUUUGUCUUAUUUCCUACCUGAUGUACACUGUAAAAAAUUAAUUGUGUUCUUUCCACCGAUGUCAGAUGUUUACUCGAUGAAACGUCCUCACGCCCUCUUUCACACUGGCAUUACAAUCACGAUAUGUCCAUAAACGCCUCAAAUAGAAAUAUACAUAUUUUUAAAAAGCAAUAAAUAGUCAAUCGGGGCAAGUGGGUAGUUUCUUGAUCACCUCCUGUAGCCUUGCUGCCCGUGAUGGCACAUUAUUCUCACUCAGCCUUCACAUGUUGAAAUGUCAACGUGACGAAGACCGUGUCACGUGUUUUUAAAACUAUUAUAAACGACGUUGUACCGGCAGGGUGGCUUUUUUGUAUUCGAAAUCCUUAAAAACUGCGUGUAGUGUUGACAUUUCAUUCCUCCUCCAGUUUGUUUCCUCCACGUUUCCUCCGGCAAACACAUGACUUGUCUGCGGUUUGCUGUUAACGGCACACAGGAAACUUCCAUAAAGGUCAAGAACACGACCCUUCCUUUUCGUCAUUAAAAAUGUUACGAAACGUGACCAAAUACGGCGGCGAAACCGCCAGCAGAGCUCCACUCUGCCCUCUAGUGCCUUGCGAGGUCAUGACACGGUAUUUCAUGUUGCCAUUUGCACUUUGCUGCUCCUCAAGUUGGAAACUCAAGAAACCACAUUUGACUUUCUGAAUGUUCAUGUCGGGGGUGUCCACACAUUUUAUGAUGAGGGUCGUAUGGAUAAACAAAUUCACAUUUGGGACCACUACAUUAAAGAUGCUAAAAACAAUCCCAUGUUGGUCGGUAUAUGCCAGGGGUCGGCAACCUUUCCUAUCAAAAGAGCCAUUUUACCCGUUUGAUGACUCAAGGAAAAUAGACUGGAGCCGCAAAACAUAAUUCAAAAACAAUAUCUCAUAAACUUUCAAAAGUUUAUACCUGAUAGCGACAGCGAACUGCGAGUCUCCCGUAAUUUUAGAGGGAAUUUUGGGGUAUAAUUUUAGGAAUUUUGGAGAAAAAGUGCAGUACUCUUGCUAGUAACAGAUUGCUAAUAUAGAAGAUAAAUGAAAUAUCUGUGUAAAUUAAAUGUAAACUCUGUUUACAUUCAUUCAUUCUUUCAUCAGGGUCGCGGGGGGUGCUGGAGCCUAUCCCAGCUGUCUUCGGGCUACUGGUGGCCAGCCAAUCACAGGGCACAUAUAGACAAACAACCACUCACACUCACAAUUUGGAGUCGCCAAAGUGGGAUUGAACUCAGGUCUCCUAGCUGUGAGGUCUGCGCGCUAACCACUCGACCACCGUGCAUCUGUUUACAAACAGUUGUUGACAAAUAUGUUUACUCUGGCCCCAACAAGUUCAGGUGUUGAAUACUUGAGAAUUGCAAAAGGAGCCACAACAAAGAGCCUGAAGAGCCACAUGCGGCUCUGGAGCCGUGGGUUGCUGACCCCUGGUAUAUGCUAACACAGCAUCUCAGCUUUGUAUUAAUGUGACAAUACAAAUUAUUAAUGUCAUAUCUCAUUGGUAACCUAUUCAUUUACCAUAUUUUCUGGACUAUAAGUCGCUCCAGAGUAUAAGUCGCACAAGGCCAAAAAUGCAUAAUUAGGUAGAAAAAAAACAUACAUAAGUCGCUCUGGAGUAUAAGUGGCAGGAACAGCCAACCUAGGAAAAAAAGUGCCACUAUAGUCCGGAAAAUACGGUAAUUCUACAAUAUGACGAGGGUGAAGAAAUUCCCCCCGGGGCCACACUUUGGACACCACUGGUUUAUGUGUCGUGUUAGGAGUUGGUUGACUGGUGUCCUGAUGUUGGACUCGUUAGAGGACCUCGUAUGAAGAUUGACUUGACUAUUUUUGUAUAUAGAUGAGAUGUUUUCAGCCAAAUGGACUCAAAUAAAUCUAAUAAAAUUCAUGAUUUCAAUG